AUGCCAUGUUUAAUUGCUUCUUUGCCUGCUCCUUUACCUGAUGAAUCUGAAAAUGCUCCAAAUGCGGUGGAGCAAUUGAGUGGUUUAAGUAAUUUCGAUAAUUUUGAAAAUAUGCAUGCUGAAACUGAAACUGAACGUGUUGUGUUUGAUAAUCGAGAUGCUGAAAUUGCUGAAACUGAACCUGUAAUUGCUGAAACUGAAAAUCAGCAUGCUGAAAAUGGUGAAAAUGUCGAUGUGCAUGAUGAAUAUGUUGAAAAUGUGCCUGAAAAUGAUGUUGAUUUGCAUGAUUAUCAACUUGCUAGAGAUAGGACUAGAAGGGAUCGUAAGAAACCCUCUAAGUUUGAUGAUUUUCACAUGACUUCAUAUGCUUUUGGUGUUUUCGAAUCCAUUGAUAAUUGUGAGCCUAAGUGUUAUGAGGAAGCUCUUAAAUCUGCGAAUUCUUUGCAAUGGAUGAAUGCUAUGCGUGAAGAAAUUAAUUCGUUGCAUUCCGUGAACAUUCCCCUUGCUGCCCACUUUGUGCUAAGUAAGGAUCAGUCUCCUAAGACCGAUUCUGAAAUUGAUUUGAUGAAAAAUGUGUCUUAUUCAAAUGCAAUUGGUUUUGUGAUGUAUCUCAUGGUUAGUACUAGGCCGGAUAUUGCAUAUGCUGUUAGUUGUUUGAGUAGGUACAUGUCCAAUCCGGUGGACAAUGUCGUGCCGCCAUGGCUGGAAAAACUAUUCAGCAGUCGGAUCCACAUCGACUGCAUUGCCAACUCCUUAUGUUUCUAUUUCCGGUCGUCCGCACUGUUAUCACCAAAUUGCGGCAUAAAAUCUCUUGCUGCAAGUUCCACGAGCCGGUUGGCAUUCAUUGAGCCUAGUAGUCGUGCUUUUCAAUUUAAGUUUGCUACUUUCUCGGACCUCAACUGA